UGGACAUCCUUGUCUUUUUCCUGAUCUUAGAGGAAAUGGUUUCAGUUUUCCACCAUUGAGAAUGAUGUUUGCUGUGGGUUUGUCGUAUAUGGCCUUUAUUAUGUUAAAGUACGUUCCCUCUAUGUCCACUUUCUGGAGAGUUUUUAUCAUAAACGGGUGUUGAAUUUUGUCAAAAGCUUUUUCUGGAGUCUGCGGGAUAGUGUGGUCUUUGGGAGCUUCCACCAUGGCAUACCGGGGCCAGGGCCAGAAGGUGCAGAAGGUGAUGGUGCAGCCAAUCAAUCUCAUUUUCAGAUACUUGCAAAAUAGAUCUCGGAUUCAGGUGUGGCUUUAUGAGCAAGUGAAUAUGCGGAUAGAGGGCUGUAUCAUUGGUUUUGAUGAGUAUAUGAACCUCGUAUUAGAUGAUGCAGAAGAGAUUCAUUCUACAACAAAGUCAAGAAAACAACUGGGUCAGAUCAUGCUAAAAGGAGAUAACAUUACUCUGCUCCAAAGUGUCUCCAACUAGAAAUGAUCAAUGAAGUAAGAAAUUGUUGAGAAGGCAAUACAGUUUUUUUUAGGUGUGCUUUGUUAGAAGUGUAGUUCUAAAGCAUUUAUUCAUAUUGUUUUGCUCACCUUUAUGUUAUUACCAGAUGACAUUAAGUGCUGUGCGAUUGUUUUUAU